AUGAACUAUAACAUCCAUCCAGUCAGUUAUUUAAACGCUGACAAUCAGCAACAAAAGCCACAAGAUCAACAACAACAACAACAACAGCAACCAGUUUCAAAGAAAUCACCAUCUUCAGAUAUUGAACUUGAUAAUGCAACUUCACCUUCGUCGUUCACUUCUUCUCAUUCACCACAUAUCGCAGCUGCAGGAAAUAGUCCUCACUCAUCAUUUACUUCCCAAUCAACUGCUAAUUCACCAAUUCAAGAUUCAAAGCAAGCAUUGGCAAAACCUUCUACUGCAACCACAGUAAAUGAAAACAAACCUGUUCAACUUGUACCUGCUGCCACCAAUAUUUCUCAGCAACAAGUUGGAUCUCAAUUUAAUGCUAAUUCCGGUGUUGUUCCAGUUUCCUCAUACCCACAAGCAACUGUGCCACUGCAACAAUUACCAACUCAAUUGCACCCAAAUCUCAAUCAAGCAUACAAUAACCAACCAUCUUUCUACCUACAUCAACCAUCAUACUUGUAUUCUCACCAACAACAGCAACAACAAUUACAUCCAGAAUACGCCCAACCACAACAACAAUACACCAAUGAACAUGUUGCCCAAGGUUACUACAACACAAACAACAACCAAAACAAUUUGAAUACAAACAAAGCUCCGCCAUACAUUAAUGGAACCAAACCACCAAAGAAGACUUAUAAGAAGAUUAGAGAAGAAGAUUUGAGAGGACCUUUCAAGUGUUUAUGGGGUAACUGUAGCAUUAUUUUUGAAACUCCUGAAUUGUUGUAUGACCAUUUGUGUGAUGACCAUGUUGGUAGAAAAUCAUCAAAUAACUUGUCCUUGACUUGUUUCUGGGAAAAUUGUGGUACUACUACUGUCAAGAGGGAUCAUAUUACUUCGCACUUGAGAGUCCAUGUUCCUUUGAAGCCAUUCCAUUGUGACUUGUGUCCAAAAUCCUUCAAAAGACCACAAGAUUUGAAGAAGCAUUCUAAGAUUCAUGCUGACGACCAUCCAAAGAAAUUGAAGAAGGCACAAAGACAAUUGUUGAAACAACAACAAAAGGAAGAGAAACAAAGACAAAGAUUGGCUAGCAAGAAAGGCAAUGGUGUUCCUACUGCUAGUGACUUGCAAUUGAAUUAUUAUGCAGGAAACCCUGUUGAUGGUAUGAGUUAUGAUGAAGCUUCCAGAAAGAGAAGAUUGGAUAGCAACUCCCAACACAAUAUGUAUGUUGUCAACAGUAUCUUGAAUGAUUUCAAUUUCCAACCAGUUUCCUCUGUUCCUUCACAACAACAACAACAACAGCAAGCACAUAUCCAUACUGCUGUUGGUACUGCAGGUUCUGCUGAAUACGCUACUAAGAGAAUGAAGGCCAGCAGUGAGUACAAUAUUGAUGUUUUCAACAAGUUGAGCCACUUGGAUGAUCACUUUCAUCAUCAACACCACCAACCAGCUUCUGCACAAACUACUACUGCAGCUCCGGUUGCACAACAAGCUCCACAACAAGCUUAUGGUGGUAAUAUUUAUGAAGCUGAAAAAUUCUUCAACUCAUUAUCCAACUCCAUUGACAUGCAAUAUCAAAACAUGUCUAGUCAAUACCAUCAACAACACAAUGCUUCUACUUCUUCUACUUCUCCAUACAUUCAACAGAAACCAGUUCAACAACCAAGUAGCCUGUUGUAUCCAUCCUUGCCUACCAUUAACAAUACUUCCUACACUACAAGUAUAGCUAAUAAAGAAGGUAUGGUAAACAACCACAGCAGUUACUUGCCAUCAUAUCCACAAAUCAAUAGACCAUUAACAUACAACGGUCUUCAAACUGCUGCUUCAUCUCAACAACCUGCAAGUGCGUUAGAAUUCAACGGUAUUUCUACUUAUCAAAAAUCCGCCCAACCAGAUAGCAGUGACGACGAGGAAGAAGAAGAAGAAGAAGAAGAAGAAGACGAUUACACUUCUGAAGAAGAAUUUGACAGUGAAGUUUCUUCAGAAGAAGAUGAACUUGAUAAUUUGUUUGACAAGUUGGAUAUUCAAGAUGAUGAUGAUGAAGAAGAAGAAAUUAUCAUUGAUGGUUUCAAUUUGAAAGAAGUUGCUAGACAAAGAGAUAUGAUCAAGUCUGUUCUUGCAUACUUGAGAAAACAAAUUGAAGAGCAAGAUAAGAAGACUGUUGAAGUCAAUGAAGAAUCCACAAAGUUAUACCCAACAAUAACAGCUUUUUAG